GACGGCCUCGCCGCCUCGGGCGCCUCCCGACAGCUCGGCGAGGACAGCCUGGCGCCCACCAGCGGCGUCACCCGGGGCGCGCCUGGCAGCCAGGCGCCCGUGGGCAGCGACCUGGGCAGGAGCCGCGACUCGGGCGGCGCCAGCGGGAUGCCGAAGAGGUGGGAGUGGCCGCCCUGGUGCCUCAACUUCAAGGAGCCGUGCAUCGAGGUGCUCGUCGAGGACGAGGACGGCGGCGAGAGCAGGUGGGUUGAGGCGGAGCCCCAGAGCCGCGUGGUGGACAAGGUCGGCCGGGACGCGUACCUGUGCGCGGAGUACGAGUGGGACGGGGAGUUGUACGUUCAGGACG